AGCUAUUAUCGCAUCCGCGUGGGAUUAUAUUCCAGAGCGAACCAUCUUAUAAAUCCACGCAACAACCUCGCUCGUCAUACGCAAGCACGCCACCACUCGGCACGGCAUUCUUUUCCAUCGUCUAAAAAAGCUCGGCACGGCAUACACAAACUUGGUCCCAUGUCGAUGGAUCGUCAGCACAUCCACCCUGCGUUUCCUUGGCGAGGCUCGUCUGCAAAUGCGAUGUCCACGCAGCCGAAUGAUACACGCUCGGUCGACAUGUGCCCCAAACUCCAUCACGCUGUCUGCAGAGGGCGGACGGAGGAGGUCUUGGAGCGGCUUGUUCCACUACACGGUGCAGCAGCAGCUGAUAAAGCCACUGGCAUUAUUCAGCAUGGACGGUGCGACAUACUCGAGGUGACCGCCGCGGGGAACACGGUUCUUCACUUGGCGGCGGAGAAAGGGCGCGAUGAGCUGAUCCAGGAGCUCUACAUCAGGUUCAGGGAGAAGGUGAAGAGCCUCCUCUCUCGCCAGAACUCGGCGCUGGACACGCCGCUGCAUUGCGCGGCGAGGGCGGGGAGUGAUAAGGCCGUGGUGGUCCUCGUCCGGCUGGCCCGGGAGUGCGGAGAGAGCAUCCUGGGAUGCAAGAACGAGGCCGGGGACACAGCCCUGCACCUGGCGGCGAGACACGGCCAUGCCAAGGCGGUGGAGGCUCUGGUCUCCGCGGCGACGGCGGUGGCCGCCAAGCUGAACAACGCAGGUGUGUCGCCGCUGUACCUGGCAGUGAUGAGCGGGUCGGUAGAAGCCCUCAAAGCGAUUACCACGUGCAGGGAGGCCUCAUCCGUCGGGCCAGGUUUGCAGAAUGCUCUGCACGCUGCCGUCUUCCAGAGGAAAGCGCCAAAAAUGGUAGAGCUGCUACUGAAAUGGAGGAAGGCUUUGGCAGACGAAGUCGACUGCAACGGCAGCAGCCCGCUCCAUUUAGCGUCGUCCGACGGCGACUGCAAACUCGUAGCGGCGAUCCUGCGCGACGCGCCAUCGAGAACUGUGUACAAGAAGGACUUGUGCGGCCUCUCCGCUCUCCACGUCGCUGCUCAGAUGGGCCACCACCGCGUAGCCGAGUUGUUGUUAGAGAGCUGCCCCGACGCCGCCGAGCUCCGGGACAACAACGGCAGGACCUUCCUUCACGCCGCAGCCAACGAGAAGCGCUCCUCGGUCGUGUCUCUUGCCAUCAAGAAAUUCAAGGACUCCAAGUUGCGUGGCCUACUGGACGCGCAGGACAGGAAGGGGGACACGCCGCUCCACCUCGCGGUGGCCGCGGGCGCGCCCGGCGUCGUGGAGGCCCUGCUACGGAAGGGCAAGGUGCGGGUCGAUGUUUUCAACAACGAUGGGAAGACGCCCCUUGAUCUCGCCGCGGAAUCAACCAGUUACUUCACCAUGGUAAGCCUGGUGGUGAUGCUAGGCGCUUUCAAGGCACAAACCCAGCCUCAAAGGCAGGACCGUCUGAAGCCGUGGGAUAUCUCCAACAUAAUGAAAGGGAUAGAGAAGACGUUCAACAGCCUUGCGGUGGUGGCCGUGCUCAUUGCCAUCGCCGCAUUGGCAGCUGGGUUCAACGGUGACAAUGGCAAAGCGAACCUCGAGCGCAAACCCGCCUUCAGAAUCUUCCCGUUUCUUGACACCCUUGCCAUGGCGACAUCCAUGGUCGCGGCGAUCCUGCUUGUCUACGGGAAGAGCUUCGUGGCGUCGCUUCACUGCAUGUGGGUGUCGCUCAACAGCUUGAUGCUGGCCUUCAAUGAGGCUUUGGUUAGCGUGAUGCCAGCAAACUAUCGUUUCGGGUUAAUGGUAUUAACACUAAAACUAGAGCAUAGGCGUACGAAAUUCAAUAAUCACAUGAUCAAUGCGCUAAUUAAUGUGAAAAUUAGGAUUAGAACCUGGAUUAGAAAAUGACAUCCUUCGGUUGAUGAAGAUGCAUGCCCUUUAAUCAGCACAACAAAAUCUCUUGUAGUCGUCCGAUCCUUUGGCCGGCCUUCAGAUCAGUCACAAGCGCUCUCUAGAUUGGUUUUACGGAGAGGAAGGCUGUUAGGGUUUUAAUUAUCUCUUAAUGACGUGAUUAUCAUUAUUCAGCAGGCCAAUCCCCUCUUUAUACAGCGCUAAUCUAAUUUGGAACCUAAUCGUUUUACAUUUAGCCCCCAAUCAAAGGCUUAAUUGCUAAUUACCCCUUAAUCAUAACUUAAUCUCGUAAUUAAUUACCUCUGUAUAUUAAAUUAAGGACUAACUCAUUUCCAUCGAUCACAUUAUAUCUAAUCCCACUUGAUCGAAUGGCCAAAAUCAUUAUUCCAUACUCGACAUAGGCACCAUAUCAAGAUAAUUUAGUCACUACUACAGAAAAGAUCACAAUUGCCGAUUCAAAAACUCAAAAACGGCAUCACUGUUGAAUUUUAAACUGGCACUAUCAGUUUUAGAACCAAUAGUAAUAGAGUUAUCACUAUCGAUUUAUGUUACGAAUCGACAGCAAUAGUCAAUCUCUAAAUCUGAUAUUUUAGGACUAAUAUUUUUUUUUUAAAAAAAAAUAGCCCCUGACGAGUCCCUCUAGACUACACAACCAUAACUCACAAGUCACAGUUUUUUCGUGUGAAUUAUGUACGCGUGCAGUUUGUAGGAGUCGAACCUGAGAUAUCUCAACUUGUGUGUAACAUUCUUACCAUCUCACCUAUCACUUAUUGCUGAGAGCAAUGUGAUAUCUUUUUCUUUUGAUCCUUGUUAAUUGAAAGUUGUGACAAUUAUUUGGAUAUCAAAAUAAUUUCAAAUGAAAAGGUUGUUAACUAUAAAGUUAUAGAUUUUGUCGAGAGCUAUUUUCAUAUAAUAUUUGUCUCAAUCUGAUUCCAUUUGAAAAAGUUAUAAAUUUAUGAACUGUGACGAUUAUUUGGGCAUCAAAAUGGCUUUUUGCGUAUUGUUUGGUAAAAUAACCAUAACUUUUACAUACGGAGUCUAAUUUUAAUAUUCGAUAUUUACUUUUAAAGCUAACCAGGAGACGCAUCUGAAAAAAUACUCGUAUUUACAUUGGUAUCUUUCUUGACCCAAAAAAGACUCAGAAGAUUGUCAACAUGACCUUUGAAGUUUUUAGUCGAAAAUUUAGCUUCUCCAAUUUGCCUGAAAGUUUUUAGAGACAUAAUGCUAUGUCUGAAAGUUAGCACUGCAUAGAUGUUUCAUCAAUCCGAGCUACAAACCUAGUGAUAAAAUCUUUUAAGUUGCAGUUUUUAACUUUGUAGUCAUGUGUGCGGCUUUUUCAAUCCUACCUACUAGUGUUACACCAGAUAUGACAAUUUACUUUGUGGUCUA